UUGCAGUACGGAGAGUACGACCCCAAUGUCCACAAGCCUGGCUUCCUGGCCGAGGAGGAACUUCUUCCAAAGAGGGUGAUACACUUGUACCAGAUGACUGCAGAAAUGUGGGAGGAAAGGAUCACGGCUUGUUACGCAGAGCACAGGGGCAGGACGAGGGAAGACGCUGAGGUGGAGUAUUUAAAAAUAGCUCAGGACCUGGACAUGUAUGGCGUCAAUUACUUUUUAAUCAGGAAUAAAAAGGGAACCGAUCUUCUCCUGGGAGUGGACGCCCUGGGGCUGCACAUCUACGAGCCGGACAACAGGCUGACACCAAAGUGCUCCUUCCCCUGGAAUGAGAUCCGCAACAUCUCCUACAGCGACAAGGAGUUUACCAUCAGACCUCUCGGCAAGAAAACCAAUGUUUUCAAGUUCAACUCUUCGCGUCUAAGAGUCAACAAGUUGAUCCUCCAGUUGUGUAUAGGGAACCAUGACCUGUUCAUACGCCGCCGCCGGGUAGACUCACUGGAAGUCCAGCAGAUGAAAUCUCAGGCCAGAGAGGAGAGGGCCCGAAAACAGGUAGAGAGGCAGCGUCUGCAGCGGGAGAAGCAGCUGCGGGAGGAGGCAGAGAGAGCCAGGGACGAGCUGAAGAGGAGGCUGAUUCAGCUGCAGGACGAGGCCCACAUGGCCAACGACGCACUGCUGCGUUCGGAGCAGACGGCGGACCUGCUGGCUGAGAAGGCCCAGAUCGCGGAGGAGGAGGCUAAGCUGUUGGCCCAGAAAGCUGCAGAGGCCGAGACAGAAAUGCAACGCAUCAAAGUGACGGCCAUCCGUGGCCAGGAGGAGCGGCGGCUCAUGGAGCAGAAGAUGCUGGAGGCAGAGAUGCUGGCCCUCAAGAUGGCCGACGAAUCGGAAAGGAGGGCCAGAGAGGCUGAGCAGUUGAGACAGGACCUGCAGGAAGCCAAGGAGUCGGAGCGCAGGGCCAAGCACAAACUGCUGGAGAUCACCAACAGGGCUGUCUACGCGUCCCCUGGCCUGCCAUCUGACAGCAUGCCUCCCGACCUGAGCUUCAGCAGGGAGAACCUCAGCUUUGACUUUAAAGACACCGACAUGAAACGCCUCUCCAUGGAGAUCGAGAAGGAGAAAGUGGAGUACAUGGAGAAGAGCAAGCACCUGCAGGAGCAGCUGAAUGAGCUGAAGACAGAGAUUGAGAGUCUGAAGAUGAAAGAGAGAGAGACUCCUCUGGACGUCAUUCACAACCAGAACGCCGAGCAGGGGACCAGCAAGCACAGCAACUUUAAAAAGCUAACACUACAGAGCACCAAGACCCGGGUGGCCUUCUUUGAGGAACUGUAAACUACGUACCUGUAAAGAUGGGGAUGCACACCUGCCAAGAACCUCAUCACUCUACAUUCCUGGUCGGUUUAAAUGAUUGGCCGCCACUGUGAGACCUUAUGCUCUUACUGGGAAACCACUAUGAGACAGAAGAAAAUGACCACUGCCUUUAUCUGCUGUAGCUCCAGGGACCUUGUGUGUACGAAACAUGGUGAACACAUAAUGUCACAGCUCUAAAUCUGUGUGUGUUUACAGUCCGAGUGUGUGAAUACAGCACAUUCUCAGUGAAUACUUUGGAUGGGUAUUGGUUUUUAUUCAUGCGAAGAACAAAGGUAGAUGAUGAGAAGGAAUAACAUUGGUCUUUGACUGAUCCAGUUCCACUGUGGCUGUAAUGAGACAGUACUUUGAAUUUAAGAAUUGUUAUUAUAUAAAUCCUGGAUGACCUACUUUUUUUGACUGUUUUGCAAUUCUAAUAGAAAUAGACUUCUAAGGGAUAAAGUUGAACAAAAGAACACAUUGAUUAUAAGAAAUGUUGCCCUUACCUGACUCAAAUAUUUGAUAUUUAGUAAGGGCCGUUUAGACUGCCAUUUUGAUUUCUAAUGCAAAAAAGAAGUCCUUAAAGUAUCUUGUUAUACAUAUUAUAUUACAUUACAUGUUACACACUUUUAUCCAAAGCGACUUACAUACUCAAUACUGUGGAUAAU